AUGGCUGCCAGAUCUCGUUCACCAGGCUUCGGCGAUACAACGAGCAUCAAUCUCAACCGCUUGUUGUCCAGAUUAGACCGCCUAGUACUGGUCGACCCAUCACCACAAUUGCGAAAGUCAAACUAUGAGCGCGCACGCGUGAGUGCGAACAUCGAACAUGCACGCACCUUACUCCUGAGUCUCGAACACUCAGCCUCCACGAUACCCUCCAAGUCGAAGAAAGCCGAAUUACAAAACGAUCUGCAACAGAAGCGCGAACUCAUCAAACAGCUUAAUCAGCGGAUAUACGAGCUUAACCAGCUGGACGACACGGAUUCGGAGGGGUCUGUAGAUUCCGACGAUGAAGACGCAGACCAGUUCCCGUCGUACGCACCAAGAGUAAAGACGGAAGCCGGACGGGAUGUGUCGACAGCGACAGAAGGCAACGAAGCAUUCCAAAAUGCAGCACAAGGCAUCGCAUCAGAACUCCGCCGAAGGGGAAAGGCGGACGCGAAUACAGCGGGGGCGCAAUCAGCAUCCGGCAACUCGUUGUUUCCUUCCAAGCCCACGACAGGCGACCCAUCGCUCGCAAAAACCGAGGCGCUCCUCUCUCGCGAACGCAACGAACAAGAGGAGCUCACGACAGACUUGCUCGAUAUGGCGCGGCAGUUGAAGGAACAGUCGAUACACUUUGGCAACACGCUCGAGGGUGACAAGAGCGUAGUGGAUCGAGCGCUUGCUGGGCUGGACAAGAACACAUUGAACAUGGAUGCUGCCAGCAGAAGAAUGGGGGCACUGCGGAGGAUGACUGAGGGCAAGGGUUGGUGGGACAGGAUCAAGCUCUAUUGCAUGAUCGCUGGGUUAUGGCUAACCGCCUUCCUGAUUGUCUUCGUUGGGCCGAAGAUUCGGUUCUAG